UAAAUGAUUUAACUAAAAUUUGAUUGCAUACUAUAAUUAUACAAUAUAGAAAUUAUAUUUACAGAAAUUAUGUUUAGAGGUUUCCUUUGAUUUACAUUUAAAUUCAAAUUAUAUUAACAUGGCAGAAGAACAAGCUAUUGAGCCUGCUGUUAUCAAGAAAACACAAGAAAUAUUAGGAAAAUAUGUGAAAAAACCCCCUCUAACCGAAAAACUUCUCAAGAAGCCACCAUUUCGUUUUUUGCAAGAUAUUGUGAUUUCCGUAAUUAAAGAAACAGGAUGUUUGCAAGGUCUUUACAGUAAAACAGAGCUUUCUUCAGAAGGAAUCACAGAUCGGAAUGCUAAAAUUGCAUUCCUUCAAAAACUAAUAGAUGUUUUAAAAAUGGUUUCAAACGAGAACAUUACUGCUAGACCGUCAAAAAUAGUUGCAGGUCAUGAAGCAUCAAAAACCAACGAAAUGUUACAAAUAUUGGGAAUUUGUUUAGAUAAAAAAUUUGAUUUUAAGCCUGCAAUUGAAAAAGUAAAUGCAGUUAAAAAAAAAGACGAAUCAAAAAAAACUCCUGAUUCUAAGGAAAUCAGAGAAAAAAAGGUAAAUGAACCAAAACCUACCAGUAAAAUCAAACAAAUUUCUAAAAACGGAGCAGAUAAUAAAGCUCAAAGCACUUCGAAAAACAACAAUAAAGAAAAACCGAAAUCAACUCCGCUUAAAAAGGAGAAGGAUAAAUUCAAAGAAAAAGAAAAAACGAAGCAAGCAAAAGAUAGCAAAAUUUCUACAUCAAAAGGAUCAUUUGAUAUAUCAGAAGCAAAACAACUUCAGCAUAUUCAAGAACUAGAAACUAUAGACAAUUUAAAAGAGUCACAAUCAACUACUAGCAAAAACGACAAUGAGUCAUUCGAAAAAAGUUCAUCAAAUAAAGUGCCUGACCAAAAAAAAGAAAUGAAUUUGUCUCCUGCAAAACAGGAAAUUAAUACAAAACUAAUUUCAAACGAAACUGUAGAAACAACACCAAAAACGAAAAGAAUUAUUAGUGCAAACAAGCAAAAUCUGGAAACUGAAGGAAUAUCGAACGAAAACUCGCUCGAUAAUAGUCAUGCUGAUAAAGCAGAUAAGCAAACUGAUAAAACGAAUUUAGAUUUAGCUAUAAAUGACAAAGCUGAAAAAUCUCCAAAAAACCUUAAAUCUAAAGAAAAUAGAAAAUCAUCUGGUACACAACAAGCACAAAAUUCAAGUAAAACUGAUUUUAUAUCAACUUUCAAUGAAUCCACUUUACCUAAGGAAAAGGACCUAUCUGUUGAAAUACAAGAAAAAAAUCAUCAAAAAAUAAAUGAAAACAGUGAAAAAAUGAAUAUUCAGAAAAUUAAAAACAAUAACUCUCAAAACGAAGUGACGACUGUAACAAGGCAAUCAACUUUUACAAGAGAAGAAUCUAAAGAUUCAAAUGGAAGACCAAGAACAUCUCUCAGACCUCCAAGUGUCAGACCACCAUCAGCUAGACCUGGUGCUCCUAAAAGGAGAGACAAAAAUAUAGAAAUAGUUUUGCAACCAAAUGACCAAAUAAAAUUAGCAGGUAUUCAGUUAAAAGUAGAGUCUUUCAACGACGAAUUAGAUGAUGACGGAGAAAAUUUAGUUAUAAUAGAAAAUGAAAACGCUAGUUCCACACAAGAAGACAGUAAAAAAAUGAUGGCAGUAGAUGAAGAAGUGAAAUUAGAUGAAAACUUACAACAGGGACAUCUAGUGCAACAAAUUUUAGAAACCCAAAAAGAAUUGAUACAAAAUUACGAUUUAAAAGAAGCGAAAGAUGAGGAGCUAGAUGUAACUACAAUUCAAAAAAGACAAAGUUCCGCAAAGCAAAUGAAUUCUUUAAGAGAUAUUAUUCAAAAUCUAACUAGAUCAAUUAAUCCACUUGGUAAAUUAAUGGAUUUUAUUCCUGAAGAUAUGGAUGCUAUGCAACUGGAGAUGAAUAUGUGGCGUGAUUUAUACUCGCAAACCUCUGCUGAAUUGAAAAAAGAAAAAAGUUUAACAGAAUCAGCUAUUGAACCAAUGAAAAGUCAGUUAGAACAAAUUAAUGGAUCUAUAAAGGAAUACAAUGAAAUGAUAGAUGAAUGUAGAGCUAGAAUAUUGCAAAAUUCUGAAAAAAUUUAUAAUUUGUUGACGGAAUAUUAGUUUGGAAUAUUUUUUUUUUAUAAAAAAUUUACUUUAUUUUUUGAUGCUUUCGCCAUAAUAAAUAAAGUCACUUAACUGCUCGACCACAAUGAUAACGAAUGAUAUGAAAGAUGAAAAAUACGAGCACUGAUUUUUUAUUCUAAUUUUAAAAUAAAGAACAUAUGUAAGUACAUAUACAUAUGUAUGUAUGAAGCAAAAUUAAAAGCAUUAGUACAUUUUACAUAUUU